AAACCGGAUGUGCUCGUGUGUUACGUACAGUGACCCGGAUGUGGCGAUGGUUUUGUUGACAUCGUACAGCGGCGAUCAACAGCAGAUCAUGUUCGUAUUUCUGUGCUUCUAGUGACUCGAGCGACGCGUCAGUCGGUGUGCGGGCGUCAGGCGGUGCGCGACGCGUCAGGUGAGAGACACAGACGCGCGUUGAGGCCGCUGUCAAUCCAUAUAAUGAGCGACAAGAAACUCUCUGACUUUACGUUACGUAGGGUGCUAACGCUUAGCCAGCUAACAACACUGCACAUAAACAUCGCCAUCAUCAUAAAACAUCACAAGAACACAAACAACAACACGCAACAAGCUGCCUUCUGAUAUAAACAUAACAACAAUACGUGAACAUUAAUUCAGUCAUUAAACAUAUAAAGAGUCUUCUGCUGCUGUUCGUAUCAAUGACGUGAAUGAAACCGAUCUCAGAACAGCUCGUAGCGUCAGACAGGACAACAGAAGACAGAACAGACAGAGAGAGAGCUGUGAUGUCAUCAGCAGGUGCAGGAGAUCUUCUCACGCUCUCAAUGUCUGCUGUCUAAGAUCAGACAGCCGUCUUUGAACUCUGUCAACCCCCACCUACCCGCCCCCAUCCCCCCCCAUCGCGCCUGAGGCUGACAGAGACGUCGUCAUGGCGGCUAAAGUAGGAGACGACCCGGACAGCCUGAUGUCUCUGUGUACCGUCUUCUGUCUGAAGAACCUGCGGAGAACCAUGUGUUAUACAGGAGACAGGGACAGACUGUGUCUGCGUCCUGACGUCUUUCUGCCCGGCGAGAUCUGUGAUAAACUGGUGAACGUGUACAUGGAUCUAGUCCACACGGACAGCGACUUUGAGCCGCAGGACGGCUUCUUUCAGCUCUUCGGUGACCCUCGCAGCACCAGACUCACCCGACUGCAGCUCAGAGAGGAUUUUGUUCGGGACAGGGACCUGGAAGCCAUCGGGAAACAGGAUUUGAUGGAGCUUCAUCUGACCUACUGUAACCGCCUGACGGCACGCAGCCUGAGAGCCCUGCAGAGCUUCAGGCACUCGCUGAUGUCCCUCAGUCUGUUCGGAUGCUCCAACAUCAUCUUCAGGAAGGCUGGAGCUCCGCUGGCAUACGCAGAGGACGACGACGACGAAGACGACGAUGACGACGAUCUGGUGGACCGGCUGGAAACGCAGACGGUGGACUCGGACUUUAGCUUUCAGGGCUUCAACCGUCUGCGGCUGCUGAAUUUGGGCGGUCUGCCUGGCUUGAUGGAUGUGGAGAUGCUGCUGAGGCCGCUGCCCGCCCUCACCUCUCUGGACCUGUCGGGCGUCCGUCUGCCCCGCCCGGCGUUCCUCGCGCAGUGGAAGGAGCGUCUGACGUCGCUGGUGCUGUAUAACGUGGAGCUGAGCGAGGAACUGAUCCACACGCUCAUGCAGUUCAGCACGCUGAGACACCUGGAUAUUUCCCGAGAGAACCAGAGGACAUCGAAGUUUAAGAUGACGGGGAAGAUCUUGAGCAGUCUGGUGCAGGGUUUGGUCAAUCUGGUGUCUCUGGACAUCUCGGGUCACAUCAUGCUGGACAACUGCACGGCGCCUGCGUUUGAGGACGCGGUGGGCUGGCCAAGCAUUGAGCCGAGCAAGAGCAGCAUAUACCCGCUUCGGGAUCUGAAGAGACCGCUGCAGUUUCUAGGACUGUACAACACCACGCUCUGCAACGUCACACACAUACCUGCUUACAAGGUGACCGGCUCUAAGAAUGAAGAUCAGAUUCUGAACGCUAUAGAGGUUUACACAGAUCAGAGACCAGAACUCGCUCAUCGAGCCAUUAAUCAGCUGUUUGACAUCGCCAGAAUCCAGCACUGCAGUCAGCUGCUCAGAGCGCUGAAGCUGGUUAUUACGGCCCUGAAGACUCAUAAAUAUGACAAGAGCAUUCAGGUGACGGGCAGCGCCGCGCUCUUUUACCUCACCAACACUGAGUACCGCAAUGACCAGAGCGUCCGUCUGCGCAGGGAGGUCAUACAGGUGGUGCUCAACGGCAUGGAGCAGUAUCAGGAGGUCACUGUUCAGAGGAACUGUUGCCUGACGCUGUGUAACUUCAGUAUUCCAGAAGAGCUGGAGUUUCAGUAUCACAGGGUCAAUCUGCUGCUCUUGAAGAUUCUGGAGCCUCCACGUCAGGACGAAUCCAUCCAGCGCAUCGCCGUACAUCUGUGUAACGCGCUGGUCUGUCAAGUCGACAAUGACCACAAAGAAGCCGUCGGCAAAAUGGGAUUUGUCAAGACCAUGUUGAAUCUGAUCCAGAAGAGGCUUCAGGACAUAAUGUGUGAUCAGGUGAUGGAGUUCUCCUGGAGCGCUCUGUGGAACAUCACAGACGAGACGCCGGAUAACUGUCAGAUGUUUCUGGAAUGUAACGGAAUGAAUCUCUUUCUGGAGUGUCUGAAGGAGUUUCCUGAUAAACAGGAGCUUCAUCGUAACAUGCUGGGACUGCUGGGUAAUGUAGCUGAAGUGAAAGCGCUACGGCCACAGCUCCUCACCAAACAAUUCAUCACAGUCUUCAGUGACCUGCUGGACAGUAAAGCGGACGGCAUUGAAGUGUCGUAUAACGCCUGUGGAGUUCUGUCGCACAUCAUGUUUGAUGGGCAGGAGGUCUGGACCAUGGAAGAACCCAGGAGGUCACAUGUCAUGGACAAAAUGUGGGCGGCCAUUCAGAGCUGGGACAUCAGCUCACGACGAAACAUCAACUACAGGUCGUUUGAGCCCAUUCUGCGUCUUCUCCCUCAGAGUGGAGCUCUGGUCAGUCAGCAUUGGGCCACAUGGGCGCUGUAUAACCUGGUGUCAGUUUAUCCGAGUAAAUACUGCCCCCUGUUGAUAAAGGAGGGUGGCGUCCCUUUGCUGCAGAAAGUUCUAGAGCUGGAUUCUUCUCACCAAGAGACCAAGGACAUGGCGAGUAAAGUGAUGGAGCAGUGUGAGAACUUUAAGGAUGAUGUGAUGGACACCAGCAGGUAAAGAACGUCUGAGCAGGACCUUCAUGUCACUGUCACUGAUGUGCUGGAGGACGUCACUCAGCAGUCGUGUUAGUGACGUCACACUACAGUGAGCACGCCCCCUGUGUGUUUGUGCGUGUGUGUAUUUCAUUCUGAUUUUAUUUGUGUUAGAGUGUGUGUGUGUGUAUAUAUGUCUGGAAUAUAAGCUUCACUGAAACCUCCCACAGUUCCCGCCCUCUGUGACAUAUGUUCGUGAUCAAUCGAUCCUGUCGGUACGCUGGAAAGCGAUGAUGUCAUAAAGACUUGUCUAGCUGUUUUGGAGCACUUCGGUUCUUCUGUACAUGUUGGGAAGAAGGUUCUCUGGCUUUGUUGUGUGUGGAUGUUUUCAUACCGUCGCUGUAAACGACUAAAUCUCACGUAGUCGGCACGGAGCCACGCGCUUGAGGAAUCUGCAAUGAGAAUUUAGUCACGGUUCUGUCAUUAAAGACACAUGUUUGGGGAGAUUAUUUUAUUUGUAAUGAUUUAUAUGUCACGAGAUAAAGAGUGGUUUGUGUGUCUUCAGAUCAGUCAUCGUCACCUGCAGGUUUGAAAUGAAAUGCAGACGCUGUUUUUCUACACACCUCUGAAACUGCAAUAAAACCAGAUGUACUGAUGGAACUGCGCGGGGUGUAAAGAGAGAAUGUCAUUCAUAUUCGCUGUCAAACACUCGUUGUUUUUGUUGCAGUGUUCUGGGCUGCUGCUGUCUUUGUCUCCUUUAGAUAAUAUAUCAGGUAUAAAAACUCCUCAAGUAUCUUUAAGUUCUGAACUCAAUCGCAGGUUCUUUAUGUUGGAAUACUUAUAAAUAUAUUUGUGCUUUGUGUCAUGUUCCAUGUUAGAAGAGCAACGAUUGUUUUUGUAAAGAAAUCCUUUUAUUCAGAAACUAUCGGACGUUUGUACAUAAAUGAUGAAAUACACAACAUUACAGAGCUAUUUCAGCUGUCAGAAUGUCUGGAUUUGUUUGGUGAUUAUGAUAAUAACAUGCACCUGUCAAUCAUAUCGUUCAUAUGCUUUUGUAAGCAGGGUUUUCAUGAUUUUUAUCUUUUUUUGUAGUAAAGCUAAAUAUAUACAAACAGUAUCAACAAGAUUUUCAAAGUGUAAAUCUCCAGGCAUCUUUCAAUAAGUCUCUUUAAAAUUGUUUUCUUUAUUUACGGCAGAACUCAUGAGUGCGUUAUAGACUGUUUUCCUUAUUUGUGGGUCGUUUUGUUAAAAACGUGAUCAAUAAACACAUGUUUAAAAACUGUUA